UAUAUGGUGAUUUGUAAAGUGUAAAACAAAUAUUUGUAGAAAAAAAAAAACAAAAAAUUGGAUUUUGAGUCCGGCUAUAAGUGCUGAAUUGGUCUUCCCCUCGGGCCAGUCUUUCGCCAGAAUGAAGUGUCAACAAUGCUGCGCGUCCAAGAGCCCUUUGGCACGGCGUCUACAGCUGAAGAAACAGAAAGAAGCCGAAGAGGCGGAAGCCAAAGCCAGGCCAAAGCAGAUUGUGGUGACCCCACAAAGUCUUCUGUAUAACUACGACGAUGUAAGCGCCAUGGCCGAGUACAUCCUACGAACCUGCAGGAUUCGUCCAAAAUUCGGGGUGGUGUGCAGCACCGUACUGUCUUCGAUGGUGAACAUGAUUGAGAAUCCCGUUGACAUACCAUUCAGGGAUAUCCCACAGUUUCCCGUAUCGCCAGUGGAUGGUCACGAUAACAAGCUGGUCGUGGGCACUUUAAUGGGCGCCACAGUGAUAGCCAUGCAGGGCCGCAUCCACGCCUACGAGGGAUUUGAGCUAGCCAGUUGCACAGUGCCAGUGCAUGUCAUGAAAUUGUGCGGGGUGAAGUAUGUAUUCUUCACUAGUGCCGCCGGCGCCGUUAAUCCCGGGUAUGCAGUGGGCGAUAUAAUGUUAAUUAAGGAUCACAUCAAUUUAUUUGGCAUGAUGGGAUCCUCGCCUUUGAUUGGACGGCACGAUUCUCGCUUCGGUGGCCCAUGUGUCUCCAUGGUAAACGCUUAUGACAAUUAUCUGUUGGAAAGGGGUAUGGAGAUAGGCAAGUCGUUGGGCUACCAAGAAUGCCUGCGCACAGGAGUUUUUGCCUGCUUGGGGUCACCUAGUUAUGAGACAGAGGCCGAACAAAAAAUUUUAAGUUUACUUGGAGUAGAUGCAGUCGGCAUGUCACUAGUCCACGAAGUAAUUGUGGCCCAUCAUUGUGGGCUAAGAGUCUUUUCCUUCGUCCUAAUCACAGUUUCCGGUUUUGGCGAAGACGAAGAUCCAGCUGUCGUGAAUCCGGAAUCGUUUCUCCGGCAGCAGCAGUACGCCUGCAACGAAUUGAUCGCCCGUCUUAUCUACGAUAUACAGAACGACCUCUGAUCGCACUCGAAAACAAGUAAAUUAAUUACAUCGAUCACCAUUAAAUGUUAAGAUUCGCCAAGAA